CCGUAAAGCAAUUUGCUGACUUAUACCACGUGUGAGAGGGCGCCGAUUCGCUGCCCUUGAGAAGAGUUCGCAAUGUCCAUUUCCAAAAGCGGAGCUAAGUCUUUAGAUCUGCUAAAAAAGCUACCAAGGAUAUCUCUUGUUAAUCUCGGACCGAACCCCGGAGCCAAGAAAAACGAGAAGAGACGUGGAAGAGGCCAACAUGGAGGAAACAGAAGUGGCCGAGGUCACAAAGGAGAAAGACAAAGAGGAAAUCGUCCAAGACUGGGUUUUGAAGGAGGACAAACUCCAUUUUAUCUUGUUAUCCCAAAGUAUGGAUAUAAUGAAGGACACAGUCGUAGACCUCAAUAUCAGCCACUGAGCCUGAACAAGCUCCAGUAUCUUAUAGAUUUGGGUAGAGUGGAUCCUUCACAAUCGAUUGACCUCACUCAGCUAGUGAACAGUAGAGGUGUCACAAUACAGCCACUAAAGAGGGACUAUGGAGUGCAGCUUGUGGCUGAGGGUGCCGAAAAGUUCUCGGCUAAAGUUAACAUUGAGGUUCAGAUGGCAUCAGAAUUGGCAAUAGCUGCAAUUGAGAAAAAUGGAGGAGUUAUAACAACAAGCUUCUAUGAUCCGAGAAGUUUAUGUAUCCUGUGUAAACCUGUGCCUUUCUUCACAAGAGGACAGCCCAUUCCAAAGCGCAUGCUUCCAGGAGAGGAUUUGUUACCGUAUUAUACAGAUGCAAAAAACCGUGGCUAUUUGGCUGACCUUGGAAAGAUUCAAGAAGCUCGGAUGGAGCUUGCAAGGACUUAUGGCUACAUUUUGCCUGACAUCACCAAGGAGGAACUUUUUGAGAUGCUCUCAAUGCGUAAAGGUCCAAGACAAAUAUUUUUUGGCCUUUCUCCAGGGUGGGUGGUCAAUAUGGCUGAAAAGAAAAUACUGAAGCCCACUGAUGAACGCCUUAUCAGUUAUUACAAUUCUUCAUAAAGUCCUGUGACAAAGACUAAUAAAGAUACAUGAAAUAAACAAAUUGUUUGGUGGUGGUUAAGGACUAUACCAAGACAUCUCAACAUUUGUUGAUGGUUGUUUUUAUUAAUCUGGUAAAAAUACAUGACUGGGUUUAAUCAAAUACAUUUGAUAUAUUAUGUAAAUGGCUUUGUAUUGUUGUUAGUUUCUCAUAUUUUAGAGAGACUUUGGGGUAAAUGUUUUUAAAGGUGUUGAUUGUAGGAUUGGUUUUGCCAUUUUCCAUAUUUUCUAGAAGCCUAUGUCUUGGUUAACUGCCACAUUCUAAAUAAAAAAAUACAAUAAAUGUCA